ACCGGAAGCCGGCGGGGUGUCAUGGCGGUGCCCCAGGAAGAAGGGGGGAGUCGGGGGGUGCCGCCUCAGGCCUCCUCCGCGGGAAGCAGCAGGACGGCGAUUAGCCGGUGGCGGCUGCGGACAAAGACCUGUUCAUCAUUUUAAGUAACCUGGUUGAAAAUGUUCUGAAUUCCCAGAAAGGUCACAGUUAGACGUGGCUUCGUUGUGCUGAUAAUGGAUGAAGAGAGCCUGGAGGCAGCAAUUCACACCUAUAGUGCCCAGCUGCAGCAAGUAGAGCUGGCCUUGGGGGCCGGCCUUGACCCGUCGCAGCAAACGGACUUGAUUCAGUUGCAGGAAGACUUAAAGCAGCUGAUAGAACUGACUGAAUCUAGCCUGGUGUCUAUUAAAAAGAGCAAACUUCUUGCUACAUUAGAUACAAGUGCAUCCUCCUCCUCUCCUGUAGGUCCCCUAGAGCAGGAGGCCAACCUAGACAAUUCUGCCCAAGAUGAGGAAUAUGCUGCUUUUAAGGAAGCUAUUGCUGAGCUUGGAACUGAGGACAAACCUUCAGCUACUAAUGAUGAGCUGUCAUCACAGAGAGAUGAAGAAACUGAUGAGAAAAGUGAAUCAAAGUACAGUGAAGAAGAGGAAGAGGAGGAGGAAUUGAGUGGGAUGAAGGUUAAAGCCCCAUACUAUAGUUCUUGGGGGACCCUGGAGUACCAUAAUGCCAUGAUUGUGGGCACGGAAUACUUGGAAGAUGGCAGUGCAGGCGUCAGAGUGCUGUAUCUCUAUCCAACUCACAAGUCUUUGAAGCCGUGUCCGUUCUUCUUGGAUGACAAAUGCAGAUUUAAAGAGAACUGUCGGUAUUCCCAUGGGCAAGUGGUGUCUGUGGAAGAGCUUCAGCCAUUUCAGGAGCCCAAUCUGAGCACUCUGGAGGUGGGCUCGGCCUGCCUAGCAAAACACAGUGAUGGAAUAUGGUAUACUGCAAAAAUAACUGACAUCGACAGUGGCUACUACACCGUGAAGUUUGAUUCCCUGCUGCUAAAGGAAGCUGUCGUAGAAGGAGAUGGUAUCAUUCCCCCUUUACGAAGUGAAGAUGGUGAUUCCUCUGCUGAGUCUGAUGAAGAUAGCGUUGAUGAUUCUGGUUAUGCUAAAGUGAUAGAUUCAAGCAUGCCAGAAAAUGGGGAAUGGACUCCAGCUUGCAGUUCCUCUUUUGGCGGCUGGGAAGCCCAUACUCGUGGCAUUGGCUCCAAACUGCUUGCUCAGAUGGGAUAUGAAUUUGGAAAAGGUUUGGGGAAGAAUUCUGAGGGACGAGUGGAGCCAGUGCAGGCUGUAGUGCUUCCUCGAGGGAAGUCCCUUGACCAGUGUGCUGAGGUGCUUCAGAAGAAGAAGCAGGGGAAGCUGAAUCCAGGCAAACUGAAGAAGUGCCAGGGAAAGGGAAAUAGUGCUGGCCAGUCCCCUGCGGGCAGCCGUAAGGCUUCCCGCAAUGUGUUUGAUUUUUUGAAUGAGAAACUGCGGGGGAAGAGCACUGGAGAGAAAGCUGGAGGAACAGCGUUGCCACAGAGGAACAGCAAAGAGAUCUACCACGCUAGCAAAAGCACCAAGAAGGCCCUGAGCGUCCGCCUCUUCCAAACAAUGGAAAAGAUUGAGCAGACGCAGAAGGAUAUCAGAGGAAUCCAGCAGGCCUUGGCACGCAACAUUGGACGGCACAGCGUUGCUACAGCUCAGCUGGAGGAGAAACUUGCUAAUGCUCACAAACAGCUGGGACAGCUGCAGGCCCAGGAAGCCAGUCUACAGCGGGAGCAGAAGAAAGCAGACACACACAAAAAAAUGACUGAGUUCUAGUCUCUCUGAGGAAGGCAUUAGGCUGCAGACCUUCUAAGCAGGCCCUGAGCUCACAGCCUCAGAGCCUGGGUGAGCCAUCCCACUCCUCUGGGCCUCAGUCUGUCCAGCUUGAAAACUGGGCUGAAAAGCAGCAGUUUCCAAAACUAGAUGCUACUGAGCUGAGCCCUCCUGGGACGGGAAGGAGUAUACGUUUGUCCAGCCCUGAAAGCAUUCAGUAAGCCUGAGCCUCUUAUAAGGACUGGCUGCAAGAAAUAUGAUUCCCUGCUCGCUUGCACACUUCUUUCCUCUGUUAUCACUGUGGUAGUGCCUCCAUUCAGAGUCUGUAGUAACUUGGGUGAUAACACUGCUGGCUGUAUAGCAGCCGAGGAGGGACUUUGAAAGCCCCACAUCCUGCCAUCAACUGUAGCUUGUGUUUGCAGCAGCCAACUGAGCACAUGCAAGUGGGGGCAGGGUCCCAAGCACAUUCUGGCAGAGCAGAAAAGGCAGAUGCUAGUGCCGGGUGAAAACAACAACAGCACAUUGUUUCAACUGCUCUCUCCCAUCUGUUCCUUGCAAUGGGAUUUAUAUGAGAUCUCAGUUACGUUGAGAGUAGUGCCUUGCAGCCCUGGUGUAAUGAAUAGACAGAAAACUGGCAGCUUGGAGAUGGGUGCUAGCAGUCUAAAGCAUCCCUAGGCCAUGUUAUGGCAAAACCAUUGAUUUGGCAUGGAAAGUUGAAUCAUUCCACAAGCAGUAUGCCAGAACUGGGGGAAUAAGACAGCAGAGUAACAGAGUCUCAAACUUUCUAGCUGAGAACAAUUCUGUGGGGAACCUUGUGCUUCUGCCAUCAUUACUUGAGUUUUUCUGUCCUAGGUGGCUCAUUGAACACAGAUUGCUUUUAGAUUAGAAAAAAAAAAAAAAUCUCAGGACCCAGUCCUGGGUCAGACUGGGCCUCAGAUGAGUACGCAGCUCAGGAGGUCUCUGUGCUGAGCAUGCAGCCCUGACUGUGGAAGAGCUUCAGGCUAUGCUGGUGGCAACCCAGGAAGCAAAAUGCCCUUCCCUGCAAUGUGAAUAGUCCUCAGAUGGGAAGGAUAACUUCUCCCCUAGGUUAUAUUCUGUGUUGGUGGCAGCCAGCCCUUACCCAGGAAAGACGGUGGUUCCAUCAAACUCUGUUUCUGGUGGGACUUGUUUUUGUUAAUAAUUUCACACCAAUAUCUUAAGGAUAUAUUUUUUUAAGUUAAAAUCAGAUCCCUUUUAUUCUAUGAGUCAUUUUUCUAAUGAAAAGUUUUGCUCUUUUCAUGCCACUCUUUUUAUCUAUUUCUAAGAAAAUUAUAAAGCUGUCAGUCUGGGUGGGGCUUCCCCUACUUUCAAGGACGAAGCCCGUCUGCUUCACUGCCAAGCUAAUCAGAAAAUCUAAGGCUGAAGGAGGUAUGAUUAGAGUUAAGUCAUGUGUGAUUUAGCAUUACUGCAGACACGGCUCAGAAACCACAGAGCAACAGUGAACUGAAGCAAGAAGAGAAAUGUCUUCAAGAAAUCUGCUGUAGUGACUCUUUCCUCCUGGAAAACACUUGGAUUCUGCUAUGUUGGACACCAAAGUUCCAGCUUCACAGUAGAUGUAAAAGAUGACGUGGACUGCCUUGAGCAUAUCAGCAUCCAUCGGUUUCUAACUAAAGUGGCCGUAGCGUUUUCAUUGUUCUGAAUUCACGUUCUCCACGCACUGGGUUUAACUCGAGGAUUUAACAAUGGUUAUUCAGUGCCCUUCCCUCCCAAAUGACUGUUCGUUUUCCAUGCUCGAGUGUCGAGUGAUGACAAGGAUUAAUGUGCUCAGCUUGGAAUGGGUGCUUGCUGAAGUGGCCCGUGACUGGUGAGCCGAAUUGGGCAGAGAAAUUUUUUUGAAUUUUGCUUUGUGUUCUCACACUACUUUACUUGUCUUUUUUUACUUUGUAAUGGGCAUAUUAGUCGUGUGUCCUGGCUAGGUUGCAUUUUGAUCACUCCUUGAAACUUCCACAGCUUCAGUUGUCAGUCAGAUUUCCUGUUCAAACAGCUGCUGCAUCCCGCCCAAGACGAUUUAUGUCCCUGGUGAAUAAAAUCUUUUUUUUUCCCUC